GGGCGUUCACCGCCCGGGGAGGUUGCAGGUUGCCAGCGGUUUCCAGGCGAAGCGACAGAUCUCCGAGUUCUUAGCCCGAGGGUGGCGGAUGCAUGCAAAACUCAGAGAGAACUGACACUCCUCAAAAGUGCUUGGCUCUGCACCGAUGUGCUGCAAUUUACAAGACAACGGACCACGAGUUGGAUUAGUUUCACUAACUUUUUGCUUGCAUGGAUUCGAUGGGCCGAAUUUCCUCAUUCUUACUUAUUUUUCUCGAAUAAUAAUAACCGGGUUGAGCUGUUUAUAAUCUAUGGAUAUGAUUGACGAUGUCUGAGGCAGAGGACGACAUUUCAGUUGCGGUAGAAAAUAUAUCUAUUGAAGAUAGGUCCAGUGCACCACAUGAAAAUUGUGCAGAAAUUUCAACUGAUGUCAUAUCCUCUCAAUUGAACGAUUCUUUGGAGCAUGACCGUGGUGUUGUGCCAAUUGACAAUCAGAGUGGUCUAGAAGAAGAGGCUACAUUAAAAGAUCCAUUGUCCACUGAAGAAGCAAUUAACAUCACAUCCGCUGAGAAUAAUGAGCUUAUAUGUCUUGACUCAGAUUCCGACAGAAAUCAGAUGUUGGAUACACAUAUAUCAGCAGAGGAAAAUUUCACUGAGGCUUCAAUUUCUAAUACAAGUACUUGGGGAUCCUGGGGAGCUUGGGGGAAAUCACUGAUCUCUACAGCUACAGCAACUGUGGGUCAUGGACUGAACACUGUAAAGGAAAAAGCUGAAGCAUCGCUCAAAGUACAUGGCGGUUCCCCAGCAUCUGAAGAGAUGAAACUACCCGAGUCAGAUGAAGUUGCUAUUGCAUCAGAUACCCAAGAAGCACCAUCUGCAGAUGAGUCACCCUCUUCUCCCGCUGCCGAAUCUCGUGGCAUGUUGUCAGCCAUUUCUAAUGUUGUUCACAACACGGGUAAAACUGUAAUCACGGGUGGCUUGGACGCUCUGGAAUUUAUUGGCAAGAAAACAAUGAAUGUCCUUGCAGAGAGUGACCCUGGAUUCAAGAAAACAAAGAUAUUGAUAAAUAAAACAGCCACUUUGUCCCAGAUGUUAAAAGAAGCAAAAGAAAAAGAAAAACAACGACUUUUUUGUCAAAUUACUGAAGAGAAGACGGCUCACUUUGGGAUGAUGUUUGAUGACUUCCAAGGACUUUCACAUUUAGAAGCUUUGGAAAUUUUAUCUAAUGAAAGUGAAAUAAAAGUUCAAUCAGCUUUGUUGUCCCUCACAGGAGAAGAAUUGGAGAACAUGAAAAGAGACCUUAUAAGUAUUAAAGAGGUGGUCUUAUUGAAAGAAUUCAAUACAGAAGAAAAACCAGAGGAACAGAAAGAUGAUGAGGAGUUUGUGAACAUAAUAACUGAGUUACUAUUCGAGUUGCACGUGGCUGCUACUCCAGACAAACUCAACAAGGCAAGAAGAAAAGCUUAUGAUUGGGUGAAAGAGACAAAUUCUACUCUUGCAGUAGAAGCUGAAAGAAAGAUUACAGAAGCAAGUGAUGAAAAAGAGGAUAAACAGGAUGAAAAACAACAACAUGAAGAAAUUAAAAAUCACAAAAUACAAACUGAGGAUGUUUUGAUGUUAUCCAUUGAGAGUCUGGCUGAAGUAACUGCACGUUGCAUUGAACAACUCCAUAAGGUGGCUGAAUUAAUCCUACAUGGACAGGAUAUCGAGAAAUCGGCAAUGGAUCAAGCUAAAGUCCUUACUGCGUUAACUAUUGCUAUGUGUAAGGAAGUGUCCACUCUUUCUCAGAAAUUUAUUUCCUGUUUAAUUCGAGCAGGGGCUAAAAUGAAAGCAGAGGUUCUAAAUCCACAUGUUAAUACUAUUUUGCUGGAGGGCUCUAACAGUGCCACCUACAUCCAAAGUGCAUUUCAGUUGCUGCUUCCAAUUCUUCAGAUUUGCCACAUGCAGUCCAGUACCAACAAAGCAACCAAAUAGGAUGGGAAAUUGUGGCACCACCAUAUUGGAUUAACGAUUAAGUUUCAGAAGUUCAAGCAACCAGUAGCAAACUUGCCAAAAAAAUAGAUUGUCACAAAAAUUAUACUAAGACUACAAAAAACACUAAUUUCUGAAGACACAUUGAAACACUAGUUGCAUUUGUCUUUGAAAGACUGUUAACAGUAAUAUAGAGCUUUGUACUUUUAAAAGAAAUUAUCAUUGCAAUGUGUGAAUCAAUUUAUUGACAUGUUUUAUACCUCCAUGUGGUGCAAUUUCUGCAUUACAUUUUUGAAUUUUUGAAAAUAUUUUUAAUUUCAAAUUGUACUUUAUCCAAAUUUUGCAAACUACAAAUUGUGUGAAUAUUUAAAACCACCAUUGAUACAAAAAUAUAGGCUUGCACUCCGCACCAACUGCACUUUUUCAUCAAGUCAAAGUACAAAUGUUAUAGAUAUAUGUACUUCAACACAGGUGUAAUAUCUGUAGCAUUAUUGAGUAAUGUUGACCAGCACAACAAUACAACAUUGAUAACAUUGCAAGA